UCGAACGGCCGUCCUUUCUCGACAAUACUGGGAAACCAAAUUGCAAUAGCCGAGGACCGUUUCCCUGGUACAGAGUCACACAUGCCGCAAGAUCGCAAUUGAUGCCAGUCUUCAUACUUGCAACCGCAUAUAUGGACCGUUUGGCUCGCAACGCAACAACCUCUGAACCUGGUUUCACUCAUAUGGCGGAAACGCUAUAAGAUGUCGCCACGAUUACAAUUCCACCUCAGUCUCUCAAGUUUCUCGCCAUGCUAUCCACCCUCAUUUUACCACUUUUUGCCUUGUCUGCUAUAAGCGCCAGCCCAUUCACCGCUCACUCCCAUGCCGCCCGUUCCAUUGCUGCCCAUUCCAAUGCCGCUCGUUCUGCCAAACCUGUCGCAGCAGCUUGGUAUGCCGGAUGGCACGCCACUGCGGGAUUUCCGCUUUCUUCAAUCGUCUGGGAAAAGUACAACACACUGUACUACUCAUUUGCUGAGACCACUCAGACUGUCACCAGUCUGAGCCUGGCAGGCUCUGAUGGUGAGCUGCUCCCUCAGUUCGUCUCCGAAGCUCAUGCACAUGGUGUUGAGGCCCAUAUUGCUAUCGGAGGCUGGACUGGAAGUAUUUGGUUCUCUUCCAACCUUGCCACCACCGAAAACCGGACGGCAUUUGUCAAGACUGUGACAGAAUUUGUUUCAAAGUACAACCUCGAUGGCGUCCAGUUCGACUGGGAGUACCCAAACCAUCAGGGAAUUGGCUGCAACAUCAUUAGCGCUAACGACACGAUGAAUUUCCUCUCAUUCCUCCAAGAGCUUCGCCAAAAUCCAGUAGCAAAAAAACUCACCCUCUCCGCUGCCGUGUCUUCCGCACCCUUCGAUGAUGCUACCGGAAAUCCUUCUGCUGACGUCAGUGGGUUUGCGAAGGUACUCGAUUACAUCGCUGUGAUGAACUACGAUGUCUGGGGCUCUUGGCUCCCGAAUGUGGGCCCAAACUCCCCGUUGAACGACACAUGCGCUGUGUCUGCGAAACAACAGGGCUCUGCUGUUUUUGCAGUCAAGGCUUGGACGGACGCAGGGAUGCCAGCCAGUCAGAUCGUGCUUGGCGUUCCUACCUAUGGUCACUCGUUCAGCGUCGCACCCUCUGACGCCUUCACACCUGCCAGUGGUAAAUCGGGGAAGGAACUGGCUGCAUAUCCCUCCUUUAACGCCUCGAAACAGCCCUUGGGUGAUGCAUGGGAUAACACCGGUUCUGUUGAUGCCUGCGGUGUUUACGAGGCUUCAGGUGGUAUUUUCAACUUCUGGGGUCUCAUUGACAACGGUUUCCUCACCAAAGAAGGCAAGCCCGCUGAUGGCAUCUACUAUAGAUAUGACACCUGCAGUCAGACACCGUAUGUGUACAAUGAGUCUUCACAAGUUAUGAUCUCCUUUGACAAUGCCGAGUCGUUUGCUGCCAAGGGCAAGUAUAUCAAGAACGCUGGGCUGCACGGUUUCGCGAUGUGGGAAGCUGGUGGUGAUUACGACAACAUACUCCUCGACUCUAUCAUCAGUACUGCUAGAUGAUAGAUACGUCAUCGCUGUUUAAGGACCGGGACAACCCUACUGAAUCACGCUCGUUAGUAUAUCACUACUUACCUUGGAUUCUUUAUUGUUAUUAGGCUCGUUGCCAGAAAAAAGGGACAAAGUAUUCUCUUUGUUCGCGGCACCGAUGUUACAUCAUUGGCUACAACGCCUUUAUCCUCUCGUUUUUCCACUUACGACUGCCUUACAGUGUUUAUAUAAUAGUUGACUUGUUUAUAUAAAUUGAUUUUUGAGUGACA